AUGGCCAGAAACGAAGAAAAGGCACAAGCCAUGCUUAAUAGAUGGUGGUCGAUGAAAAAAGAUUUGAAUAAAAUGACCCCCAGGGAGAGACCUAAAACACAUGGUAGAAUUAUGCAAAUUACAAAAUUAAAUGAUUGUGAAAGAUAUAGGAGAGGUAUAUUAAAAGAAAUAAACAAAAAUGUAUCAAUUAUCUAGAAUGCUGGUUUGGGAGAGCACAGAAUCAGAGAAUUAAAUGAUGAAAUCAAUAAAUUAAUUAAAGAAAAGGCUUCUUAUGAAUAGCGUAUUUUAGAAUUAGGUGGUCCUGACUAUAAAAGUAAUAUCGAAAAAUUCUUUGAUGAUGAAGGUGAAGUUUUACCAGGAAGUGGAGAUUACUUUUAUUUUGGUGCUGCCAAAGAUCUUCCAGGAGUUAGAGAAUUAUUUUAGAAAAAAAAACCUGAAGCCCCCAGAAGAAAUCUACUUGAAAUAUUUAAGGGUUUAGAUUAUGAAGAGUAUUUUGGAAAAAGAGAUGACGACGAUCCAACUUUACAUGAAGAAGAAAGACUUGUUGAAGAAAAAAUUAAAGAAGAAGAGCUUAAUAAAUGGAUUGAAUAAAAUUAAGAAACAAUUAAAACUAAACUGUAAAAAUUAAACCCUACAAAAUAGGAGAUUUUACAAUUAAUAGAAGAAAUCACCUAUAUUGAUUCUGACGAUGAAGGUCGUGAAUACAAUAUGGAUGAGGAAGAUCAAGAUUAGGACAAUGAUAAUAAAUAAGUUACAAAACCUAAAAAGAAAUGGGAAGAAAUGAACGAAGACGAAAAAUAUGUUGAAAAAAAGAAAUAAGAGCUCUUAUAAAAGUAUUUAGGAAGUAACAACAAAAACACAGAAUAGUAAAAUAAAUAAAAUAAACAAUAACAACCCUAAAAUGAAGAUGAAGCUAUAGUAGAAGAAUUAAUUUAGUUAUAAAGAGAAGAAAAUUGA